AUGUCUACGGUUUUCUACAAGUUCAAGGCCGCCAAAGAGUAUGAUACCGCUACAUUUGAUGGACUCGGAAUCACCGUAUUCGAGCUAAAGAGAGAGAUCAUGCUCACUAAAAAGUUGGGAAAGGGUGAUCAAUUUGAUUUGGCUCUAUUUAAUGCUCAGACAAAUGAAGAAUAUGCAGACGAUGCUGCAGUCAUUCCAAGAAACACCUCCAUUCUAGUAUCUCGCCAACCAGCUAUGAAACCAGGUCGUGGAACUGCUCAACGUUAUGUUUCCAAUGCUGGUCCAAUAUCUGGUUCUGGUUAUGGACGUCCUCGACCUUCUUAUGGUGGUGGUUACCACGCCAGGCCACAUCACCAAGGUGGUGCUGGUGCUAGUAGUGCACCUCCUCAAGAACCAGCCGUAGCAAAGUCACUAGACGAGAUGACUGAACAAGAGCGAACUGAAGCCAUGUUUAAACAGUCAGGAGAAGCAUGGAUUGAAGAGAUGGAACGAAUGGAACAAGUACGACCAGUUGGACGACCAGCAGGACGUGGUGGGUUCCGACCUCAUAUGGAUUCAAUGAUGCAGGGUGAACCACCUGCAGGUUACAUUUGUUAUCGGUGUGGUCAAAAAGGGCACUGGAUUUCUGCCUGUCCAACUCGAGAAGACAAGGAAUAUGAUCGGCCUAGGCUAAAGAGAACAACUGGUAUACCAAGAAUCUUUCUACAAACAGUUGAAAAGCGUAGUGGGGAUGGUGGAGUCAUGGUCACCCAAAACGGUGAAUUUGUGGUAGCAAGACCUAAUGAGCAAGAAUGGCAAAAGAAUGUCUCGAGAACUAAAAACUAUCUUGGGCUGGGUGACAUUUAUGACAUGGCUCCCAUAUUAGAGCACCUCAAGUGUCCUAUUUGUCAAAAACUGUUGCGUGAUGCAGUAGAUGCUCCAUGUUGCGGAAAACACUUUUGUGAUGACUGCAUACGAACCUCCCUCCUUGAAAAUCCAAACCCAAUAAUGCACUACCGAUGUCCUGAAUGUAACAAGGACUUGUUUCCUGGUGAUUUGGUGGAAAAUCCAACACUACGAGCUCAAGUUGAACGACAUUUACGUGCUUUUGCUGCCACACAACGAGCUGGAUCUCCGUCAGUAGCUGUAUCAGCACCUGAAACAACCGUCCCUGCACCAGCAGUGACUAAUAUCGACAUGACUCCUAUAUUUAUACCUGAUCAAGCAACCAUAAUCGCCGGUGCUCAAGCUACUGCGAGUGCGACGUCAGCACCUCCUCCACCUGGUGUUUUAUUGCCUCUAGCAUCCAAACGGGAACGAGCAUACAAGAUUGUUGAGCCUUCGGCAGCUCCAAAACAGGUAGUGGAAUAUGCUCCUGGUACUGCUCAAACGUCUCAGAGUGGAGAAGAAAAAGAAGAAGGGGAAGCUAGUCGUGAAAGCACACCAACUACAUUCGCUCGACUACCAGCUUCUGGAUUGCCAUAUUCACAACCACCAUAUCGAUACGCUGCACCUCCACCUCCCGCUGCAGUAGUACCACAACAGUAUGGUCGACCCUACUAUGGAGUACCACAACAGCAACCGCUCAGCAAUUAUCCACCUGGUGUUUAUAAUCGACCACAAUAUGGCCAACCUCAAAUGUAUCGUCCUCAACCUGUAUAUGGUCAACCGCCUCCAAUGGCAUAUCCUCCGCAACAACAAAUGGCAUAUGCUCAACAGCCACCAUAUUCGCAACGCCCUAAUUAUCCAGUUGGCGGAGCACCACCACAAUUGAUGGCUGGUCCUUUAGGUCCGGACGGUAGACCAUUGUUUUUGAGAGCUGCUCCAGAGCUGGAGGACGAUUGGGAGAGGCAAAUGAGACGGAAGCGGCCUAGGAUGGAUGAGUACAGACCAAUGUAA